AUUUAGUUACAAAGUCUACCAACGUAGAGCGCCACAGAUCAUCGACAGACGGCUCGACAGUCGUAACAGAACACGACGGUAUAGGAAAGCGAAAAGGCGUGAAAAAGUUUCGCGAAAUUCUCUUAGGCAUCCGGGCAAACGGUGUGUGUCGUGCCGUGUAUCGCGUCGAGAUUGCCACUGCAGUUUUUCUCGUCGCGUCUCGUGCGCGUGUGUGUGUGCGUGCGUAAGUUUGCGUGACACGUACGGGGCGUGUACGUCGUUUUCCGGGGUGCGGUGCAUUUCUCAUAGGACGAAAGAUCUCACGGAUCCACCGGAUCUUAAUAUGUUUGAAGGAUCAUCGUGGUUCAGAAAAAAGAGCUGCCUCUUGUGAAGUGAAUUUUCUUCAAGUUGCGCGCAUGCCUCCGUGCUGCUCACUCACUCGCCAUUUUGGAGAUAUAAUGUUAUUCUUGGGAAUGGAUUGACAGAGAAUUCAUAAAGAUUAAAGGAUUAGAAACAUCUUUUAUUAUUAAAUAAAGAGGCACGGUGUCUGUGAAAUAGGCCUCGGCCAUUAAUUCAUCAAUUUCUCUACUAUGCCAGCUGUUUCAAGACCCGGUAGCCUUAAAGAUCCAGAGAUCGCAGAAUUAUUUGAGAAAAAUGAUCCGGAGAAGAUAUUUGAAGACCUUCGGGAAAUUGGACAUGGUAGCUUUGGAGCUGUCUAUUAUGCCCGAUGCCUGGUUACCAAAGAAAUUGUUGCUAUUAAGAAAAUGUCAUAUUUGGGAAAACAAACGGUUGAAAAGUGGCAAGAUAUUUUAAAGGAAAUUCGUUUUCUUAGGCAACUCAAUCACCCAAAUACUAUAGAAUAUAAGGGUUGUUACCUCAGGGACCACACUGCCUGGUUGGUGAUGGAAUAUUGUCUUGGGUCUGCAUCAGAUAUUAUAGAGGUACAUAAAAGACCUUUAAAAGAAGAUGAAAUAGCAGCAAUCUGUGAAGGAGUUUUACGUGGUUUACAUUACCUCCAUUCUCUUGGAAGAAUCCAUCGGGAUGUUAAAGCAGGAAAUAUUCUUCUCACUGAAAAUGGAACAGUAAAAUUGGCAGAUUUUGGUUCUGCUAGUAUAAAAUGUCCAGCAAAUAGCUUUGUAGGAACUCCAUAUUGGAUGGCACCAGAAGUGAUAUUAGCUAUGGAUGAAGGGCAAUAUGAUGGUAAAGUGGAUGUAUGGUCAUUAGGAAUUACAUGCAUUGAACUAGCUGAGAGAAAGCCUCCUUACUUUAAUAUGAAUGCCAUGAGUGCUUUGUAUCAUAUUGCACAAAAUGAUACUCCAGCUUUGAAUUCACCAGACUGGACUGAUGUUUUUCGACAUUUUGUUGAAGUUUGUCUUACAAAAAGUCCUAAUGAAAGACCAACAUCUGGUACACUGUUGUCUCAUCAGUUUGUUACAAGAACACGUUCUCCACAAGUCUUAAUAGAUUUGAUUCAAAGAACAAAAGCUGCUGUUAGAGAACUAGAUAAUUUAAAUUAUCGCAAAAUGAAAAAGAUUUUAAUGAUAGAUGCAUGUGAAACUGAAAGUACAGUUGGAGAUGCUGAUGAUACUCCUGAUGAACAAACUGGUGGUGAUAGUAGCAAAAGUAAUUCAAUUACCUCAGAGCAUUCAAUCCAUUCAAUGGGAGUAUCAGCGAGUUCUCAAAGUUCCUCCACAAACAGCUUACCACUGCCUAAUGCAGAUUCAAAUGACUAUUCCACUGGUUCUGUUAGAAAUCGACAUAAAAUAACGACUGGUGGUGUCACAGCUAAUCUGCUUGAACAUGGUGCCAAUAAUUUUGCAACCAUUAGAACAACAUCAAUUGUGACCAAACAACAAAAGGAACAUAUGCAAGAGGAAAUGCAUGAGCAAAUGAGUGGUUAUAAGAGGAUGAGGCGAGAACAUCAAGGAGCUUUGGUUAAAUUGGAAGAACGUUGUAAAAUGGAAAUGGAAUCCCAUAAACAAUUAUUAGAUAAGGAAUAUGAAACGUUAUUGCAACAAUUUAGUAAAGAAUUGGAGAAGUUACAGCUUAGGCAUUACCAAGAAUUGGAACGUAAACUUAAACAGAACCAAAAUGCGGAAAAGAAACUUCAUAAAGAAAUUACAAGUAGGCAAGAAGCUGAUCGAAAAGCUCUUGAAGCUCAACAGAAACGAGAGUACAAAGCAUACAAAGAAAGAUGGAAAAAAGAACUUUCUCAGGAUGAAGUAACACCAAAGCGACAAAGGGAUGCUACUCUUCAAAGUCAAAAAGAUAAUUUAAGACAAAUGGAGGCACAAGAAGAACAACGUUUAGCUAGAGGACAAAGAGAAUAUCUUGAUCUUGAGAUUCGUAAAUUCAGAAGAAAAAAGUUGCUUAUCUUUCACAGUCUUGAACAAGAGCUUUUACGUGAAGAAUUGAACAAAAGACAACAACAAUUAGAACAAGCACAUGCUAUGCUGUUACGGCAUCAUGAAAAGACUCAAGAAUUAGAAUACAGACAACAAAGAGCAGUACAUGCUCUUAGAGAAGAUCAAGUUCUUCGCCAACAUGCUACUGAACUUUGUAAUCAACAGGAUUAUAUGCAACGGGCUGAACGUGAUUUACGUAAGAAGCAUGCACUUGAACUUAAGCAGCAGCCAAAGAGCCUCAAGCAAAAAGAAAUGCAAAUUCGUAAACAGUUUAGGGAAACUUGUAAAAUACAGACCAGACAAUAUAAGGCAUUAAAAGCACAGAUAUUGCAAACAACUCCAAAGGAUGAACAGAAAGCAGUUAUAAAGAAAUUAAAAGAGGAACAGAGGCGAAAACUUGCACUUUUAGGAGAUCAAUAUGAACAGAGUAUUGCUGAAAUGCUUCAGAAACAAAGUAUACGGUUAGAUGAAUCGCAGGAAGUCCAGUGUCAUAAUCUUAAGGAAAGGUUAAAUUAUGAAUUAGAGAUUUUGAUCGCGUAUCAGUCUAAAAAUAAAAUGCAAGCCGAAGCACAGAGAAAUCGUGAACGACGUGAAUUAGAAGAUCGUGUAUCUGUGAGACGAGCUUUACUUGAACAAAAAAUGGAACUCGAAACGCAAGAAUUUCUUCGCGAGCGCAGCGAACGAAUACGUUUGUUACAUGAAAGACAAGAACGUGAAUUACAACAAUUUGACGAGGAAAGUGCAAGAAUAGGAUUCAGUGCUCUGGCGAUAGCAGAAGCAUCAAAAGAAUCGUAUCCAGAUGAUGAAAGCCUUAGUGGCUCAAUGUUAAGUCUGGCUCACAGUAAUAGCUCUACAUCCUUCCCCCCUAAUAGUCUUUAAUUUUAAUUAUAUUAAUAGAAUAUGUAUGUAUGUGUCUGCCUGUAGUAAGUACAUAAUGAGUCUGCCGAUCUAUAGUUCUAUGACUUAUACGGAUGAAACAGUGGUUGGCUCAUUGCGUGCAUUAAUUCAAACCUAAAAAAAGAUUUUAGGAUUGGAAAUGUGUAUUGGACUGAAGUUAAUCUAUUGGGAUACUUCUUUAUUAUCAAAAUGUCAACACAGAAGCUCUUGGUUUGAAGAAAUAUUCCUUCAUAUUGAAGGAAAAUUUAGAUGCUUUUUGCAGCAUUGUAAUUAUUAAUCUCAUCCUCUAUCAUAUUUAAAAAAAAAAGAAAGAAAGAAAAGAAAAGAAAAAAAAUAACAUCGGAAAGAAGCAAUAAAAAUUUAUCUGACUCUCAAUGUCUCUUAUAAAUAAAUUUAAAGAAUUUUGAAUGAUUUCAACUCUCUUGGAUUUUUCGUAUUGUUUUUAUAAAUUUAUAGCUCGAUUCGUUAGAGAGAAGAAAUUUUAAACUUAUUCAUUUAUUAUAAUGAAUAUUGACUAUUAUAUAAAAGUUGAGAAAAAGAAAAAUAAACAAUAAGGCCGACUUUAUUGUAUAUGGCUUUAUCUAGCUUUAUUGUAUGAAAUUGAGAAUUAGUAAUGAAGAUAAUUUUUAAUUUUUAUUUUAUAACAUGAUUUAAAAAAUUGUUGACAAUAUUAAAAGCUGAAUAUAAAAACUUAUUAAAAUCGAGUUUAUAUUACUUCCAAACAUAUAAUAUAUAUAUAUAUUAUAUAAUUAUAACAAAUAUAUAUGUAUAUAUAUAUAUAUAUAUAUAUAUAUAUAUAUAUAUAUAUAUAUACAUAUAUAUAUAUAAUAUGAUUAUAAAUGACCUUUUUUAAAAAAAUUGAUUAUAAAAAUCAUUCUUUAUGUUACAGGUUAGUAUCAUAUUAUAAUAAGAGAUAAAAAGAUUUGUGUAAUCUACGUAUAAUAUAUGUAUAUGAAUUUUUACCCAAAUAAUGAUAUGAUACACAAAAAGAUUUUCUUGAUAUUAAAUUCAUUUGAUAUGAUCUAUCAAAAAUACUGUUUCUAAUGAUACCAAUACUACUUCAUUGUUUCAUGGAUUUUACUAUUUCUUAAAAAAUAAUAAGCAAAACUUUUAAUUGUAUUAACUUUCGUUGGAUGAAAAAUAUACUUAUAAAAUAUUUCAUAAGUAUAAAACUGCCGAUGACAUCCAUAUCUGUUACAUAGAUUUUAUAUAUCUUUUAUUAGAUACAUAUUGUGUGUGAUAAGUAAUUGUUUCUAUGCUAGAAUGUGCACUUUUUGGUUUAUCUUUUUUCUCUCCUUUUUGUACCUUUUAGAGAAAGAACUUUAUAAUUCAUUAACAUUGCUUGUAAUUGUGAUAUUUAGAUCUUUUAUUACACAAUAUUCCUCAUAGUAUACAGUUUCAUCCAGUACACAUUCCAGUUCUAUACUCGUAUAUCAUAUUGUGUUUUAUGUUUCUGUUUUAUUAUGCCUUGUGUACCUUUGUGUUUUAUACAUCUUGUAUUGAUUAUCAAAUGUUCAAUCCGUGUUCAGCUGAUUGUGACUGUUUUCUCAAAAGAGAAUGUUCAAGAUGUUAUUUGCAGUAUUGCACACGUAUAAUAUAUUUUACACAACAAAAAGAAAAAGUUAAGAUAUGUCCUUGUAUUUUAUAGUUUUAUUGAGAAUUUGUAAAAAAAAAAAUUGCACAAGCUUACAAUUUCAUUCUUGAUAAGAAUAAGAGCAGAUCAAAUCUUUUGAUGCGUGGCACUUUUUAAUAGAUACUUUUAUUCGAAUAUAUAUAUAUAUAUAUAUAUAUAUAUAUAUAUAUAUAUAUAUAUAUAUAUACUCACUGCUUUUGUGUCGAAUGUCAAAUAAUGGGGAUCGAAUCAAAGACAUUAAAAAAUAAAAAAUGUAAAUAAAGCUCUCCUUGAACAUUGGAUACAAUGAAAACUGAUAAUGUGAUAAUGAAAAAAAUCGUAAGAGACAUUCGUGCAUGUUGAUUUAGAAAAUAUAUUUUUUAUGAAGUCAUUUAAUGAAUACUUUUGAAGUAAUAUUAUGUUACACAUUGUCCUUUAUUGUUAUACAUUUAUUGCUUUUGCUAAUAAAAAGAAAUUAGAUUUAUAUUUUAAAAUAUAGUUAAUUUUUAUGAUUAUAGACUUGCUCUAAAAUUUUUAUUUAUAAAAUAAAAUUCAGGAGUAUGUAACAAUGAUCAAUAUUUUGUUGUAUUAUUUUUAUAUAUGAGAUAUAAUCAAUAUAUAUAAUAAUUAUAAGCAAUCGUCGUUUGUGCCAUAUUCAUAUGUGCAAAAUUUAUGAUCUAUUUUUUUACGUUUGACGUUUAAAAGUAAUAAUUCAUUUAAUGUUUUUUGUUAAAAAACCAAACGAUGGUGUAUUUGUUAACCAUAAUAUCUUAUAUAUAUCAAAUACAUUCCAGUUUUCAUUGCACAAAUACAAUUUUCAUAAUGAGACUAAAUUAUAUGGACAAAGAAGAAGUAUGUUGAUAAUGUUUAUUAAUCGUGAUAUAUAAUCGAAUAGAUACAUGUUUUAGCAUCGAUAAAAGAAAACUAUCACAAUCAACUGAAAUUUUGUCUAUAUAAACCACGUGUAAAUAUAUUCUCUCACAUAUUACAUACACAAUAAUUGAAGUAAAAAAAUUUAACAUAAAAACAAGAUCAGAACAAUUUAAAUGUAUAUGAACAGAACAUUGUGUAAUUCUUCUUUGUAUUAUUAGAAAAAAAUGCCUGAAUUCUCAACAGACACAAUUUUAGCAAAUUAUUAUAAAUAUCUAUUGCAGACUAAUAGAGAUUGUUCAUGCUACAUAUUCAAUUGUAGAAUACUUUAAAUAUGUAUGCAAAGUAUGACAAUUUCUUUAAAUGAAAGAUCAUAAAUAUAUCACAGAUAUAUAAAAUCUUUAAUCUUUAAAUGUAUAACCAACUUUAUCAUAGUCCUCCAUAACAAUAUGUAUAUGGAACAUCAAUUUUGCAAGCUUCGUAAUGAAGAAAUAAUAACAUAGAAAAUAGUUGAGAAAUAACUUACACUACUAAAUAAUUUUUCACUAGUAAUUUAAAUCGAUAUUGAAAAUAAGAAUGCAAAAAAAGAAUGUUGGUUUUCAAAAAACAGUAUGUUCUAUUAAGAAAGUGAGAUAAAUUUUGACAUGAGAUAUAUAAUUCAUGUUUUUUAUUCCAAAAUAUUUCUGAUUAGAUCUUGUAAAGAAGAAUCUUUUUUUUCAUUACGUUGGAGAAUAAAAUGAAAAACAAACUGAUUAAAUUAUAUCUAUAAUAUCUUUAACUUCCUACAUAUAAAGUGUAUAAUUUUUUUGUUUUAGUAGUAAAAAUAAAAACUGUAAGUAGUAAUUGUUUUAGUUUAUAAUUAAUGAUUAUACUUAAUAAAUAAUAAUCAAUAUAUUAUAUAAGAAAUAAGAAAUGAUUUUGUGCAUACUGUAUCAUAAAAAGAUUAUAUAUUUCCCUAUUUAAUAUAGUAAUAACAGUAUACACACUUCCUUAAUGAUUUCAAUAAUGAUUUCAAACGAUCAAGCAUUUAGUUGAUAGUAACUUAAACUCAUUAUUUUAAAAAAAAAAUUAAGUCAUAUUAUAUACAUACCAGUAUUUAGAAUAAUGUUAUUAACUCAUUUUUUUUUAAACUCAGAAUUUUAAAUAGCAUGUAUGAACAAAGAAUUUAUUGUCAUAAAAUUUUAUACGUUACAUAUAUAAUAUUUUGCUAACAAUAAAAUCUAACUUUAUAUUGUACACAAUUAUUUGCCAAUGAGAAGUAUUAUAGAUGUAUAUUGUAUUCUUUUUUCUUUUUGUCAUAUAUUAAAAAUAAAUUUCUUUAAAUUAAUUCUCCAAAUAGAAAUAUGACUGAAAUAAUUGGAAAAGAUAAUUAUAUAUUUAGUAAAUUAUAAAAUUAUGUUUAAAUUUCAAAGAGAGAAAAUUGUUUUUUACUAGCAAUGAACCUUAUGAGAGAGAGAGAGAGAGAGAGAGAGAGAGAGAGAGAGAGAGAGAGAGAAAGAGAGAGAGAGAGAGAGAGAGAGAGAGAGAGAGAGAGAGAGAGAGUGCUUAAUAUAUCGCAAUAAAAUAAUAAUAUAAGUUUUUACAUUUCUUCCAUUAAAAUUAUUCUUUUAAGAAAUUGUAUAUUCUUCAUAUAUAUUGUAGCACGAAUUCUCUCUCUGAGUCAAGUUGUAUGUAUGUAUUAAAAAUAAUUUUUUGUUAUAGUCUGUAAUCUCAAUGUAAUCCGCUGAAUACCAAUUUUAUAAAAUUAAUUUUCGAUAUUUUGUAAAUAUUCCAAAGUUUUAACGCGAACAAAAUUUAGAUACGAACAGUGACAUAGACAAUUAAUCAUAAGCAUAUCAUAUCAAAUAUAAUUAUUAUUUUACGCUUAUGAAAGCUUGUCUCUUCUCACUUAUAUCUCUUUACAUGUGAUCAUUAUGUUUUGACAGUUGCAUGUGUAUUCGCUGCUCAGUUGAAAAUAUAUUUAAAAAAUUGAUACCAAUGUUCUAGCAUUAAGUUAUAUAUUAUUUUAUUAUUAAUUGACACUAUAAGUGAUGCUUUUUUAUAAAGAAACUUUGCAGCGAAUACAAUAAUACAUACUUUAAUACAAUUUUGGCUUUAACUAGGUAAAAUAUAAUUGUUAUUUUUAAUAAGGUACUUGUUAAUCAAUUAUGCAAUGUUGUAAAAAUAAGAUAUCCACAUUUUGAAAACAGAUCCUAUAAUAUAGUAACAGCCACUUCAAGAAAAAUACAUUAUAAUAGCAUUAGAUUCUAUUAAGUAUAAUGCAAAAUAAUCUAAAAUGUUUAUAUCAAAUCAGGCAAUAAUUAUGUAUAUUAUUAUUUUUCUGUGCUAUCUUGCACAAUAUUAUUUUAGAUAGUCUUUCUUAUAAAUAAAAAAUUGUAUGUCUAUUUGUUAUAUCCAAAAUAGAUUUUUAUUCUAAAAAGCAAGUGAUAACUCUCAGCAAAAAAAUGAAAUAUUAUACUAUGUCUUUAUAUAAGAACCGUCCAUCUCUAUUCUUUAAAUAAUCAAUGUCAAUUCCACAAUUUCAGAAAUGUUGUUAUAUAACAAUAUAUACGUGUAUAGCAUUGAUAAAUAUAAAAUCUAAAUUAAUACACAAGUAUUUGGUGAUAAAGAGACAUAAAAAUAUUUGUAAUUUACUUAAUUUAUAAUGCUGUAAUUCAUAAUGCUCUUAAUUUAAACUCAUGAAGUGGCUUCUACUAUAAAAUAUAUCACUUUUAGACAAAUUAAAAAAAAAAUUAAUUACUCUGUGUACAUUUAUAGAAAAAAAUACUGCAAUCAAUGUCCAAACAAUAAGAUUUCGUUUUUCUGAACUUUUAAAAAUACAUCAGCAUUGUAAAGUUAAACACAUCUUCCAGAAUGAUAAACACAAUAAUGCGUCAUAUGAAUAAAAUAUGUAAAAAUCAAUUUCAUUGUAUAACAGAUCUAAAAGAUACUUCUAACGUACACUAUGAAUGUACAUUAAUGCAAUAAGUUUUAAUAAAAUGAUCAUUACUGAUCA